UUCGUCACUACUCUCGGGAUCUUUUUCGGGGUAAAAUCCCUUUUCUGUCCCUGCAUAAACACAGACAUCUCCACGUAUUGAACUCUAAGUCGGUGCGUCAAGUUCACUAAUGUUUUGUGUGCAAAUCCUUUUAAUCUGUUGGUCUAAUCCAACAAAACUCUAAUGAGGUUUGUCAAAUCUUUGUGGGGUUUUGUGAAGGUAGCUCUCUGCUUCUUCAGGUUUUGCCGUCUGCAAUGAUGUGAGACUUCUUCCCUUUGUUUUUGUCUUAUUCGUUUUUUAGUUUUCGCUGGAAGGGUAGUUUAAUACCAAGUUCUUCUUCUUAUUUAUUAUUGUUGUCAUUUACAGAGGUUUGUUUUAAUUCGGUGUCUGAAAAGAUGUCUAAAAAACACAGCAAGUGGCAUGAGACACUGGUAACCACAAAGACCAACAAACCGCAGUCAAACCACAAGGGAAGGGAUUUUGCAGCACCAACACCUUCAUGGGAUGGAGGCAAGCGGUCCGGCAGCAAUGCCUGUAAAACUGGUGUGAGCUGUGGAAAGAGCAGCAACCUCAGCAGCAGAGGGAGUGAAUCAAGAGCAGGCGGCAGUAAAAGUGGAGGCAGCAGAGGAAGCCUCAGCCACCAAGACAGCGCUGGCCAGAAGGCAAAGAAACAAGGGUCCCAGUCAGCCAGAUCAGCUGUAAACCUGCGGAGCAGUCGAAGCUUUUCAUCCCUCCAAGCUUCUUGUCUCACAGCUGCUCCAUUCAUGAGAAGCAGCCGCUCACUCACCAGGCUCGACCAAAAAUCCUCUGAUUCAGACAGAACAGCUGCCAAAUUAUCUGUAAAAAAAGGACAAAGCACUGGGAAAAAAACUCCAGACUCUGACCAUCUGUCUUCCUCAGCGGAGCAUCUCAGCUGCUCUCAGCCAGAGCCAUCUUCCUCGUUUUUGGCUCAGAGCGUUGCAUGUCAUCUUCCCAGUAACAAAGAAAAGAAACAGACCAGAGAUGGGGUUUACACUUUGUGUGCUAUGACCUCUGGAAUGAAACGUAACUGGGUCCAAGCAGUCCUGAAGAAUGUACGACCAAGUCCUUCACCUGAGAAUACAACCUCCCUUUCAGAGCAGAAGGUUGAACAAAAUUACCUGACAGCGGAUUUAGAUUCACCACAGCAGCAGCAAGAAGAGGAGAAAAUCUUGGAUGAUGGUGAUGUUUCACUCUCUGCUUCACCUACAAGUCCUCCACACACAGGUGUUACUGAUGCAUUAUAUGCAGAGGAAUACCAAAGCGACAGUUCUGCUUCCACAAUAGUCAUGUCCAAUGAUGAGUAUUUUGAGGAUAGCUUAGAACAGCAUAGCCCAAUAGAACAGAAUCUGCAGCAGGAUACAUGUCUAAAUCAGGACGAAGAGCAACAGACAACAGCAAACAUAUCCACUGAUGACAAGGAAACAUUGACAUGUGAACACAACACUGGCCAGCUUGUCAAAGAGCUGGAACAAACACAGAAGGAGCUGUCACGAGUCCAGCAGAUGAACAGGAAUCUGCUUGAUGAGCUGCAACAAGAGAAAGACACAAAUUUAAGGAAACAGUUUUCUCUGCAGAAUGAAAUCACUCCCUCUUCAGAUCAAUCUGUCACUGUACACCAAAUGCAAAAGAUCAACCAUAACCUCCGCCUGGAACUGGAGGCCCUGAAGAGGAGUCAGGAGGAGGCCAGAGAGACUGAGUUACGACGAAGAGUGGAUCUUUUGGCCCAGCAAGCACAGCUACUGGUUACAGGUGAUGCCACAGCGCUCGCUCAAAUCCAGCUAGAGCAAGAUCGCCAGCAGUUCCAGGAGCAGCAGCUGGACUGGGAGCGCUGCACGGCCUCUUUGAAGUCCCAGCUGAGCAUUAGUGAGGAGAAGAGGAGGGAAGCCGAGGCCCGUUUGAUGCAGCUGCAACAGGAGGUACAAAACGAGCAGCAUCUCCAACAGGAAGCUGAACAGCUGCGGAAACAUCUCCAAGACAUGUCAGCUCAACUUCACACUUAUGAAGAGGCCCAGGCUGAGAAAGAGGCUCGGCUCCAGAAGCACCUGAUGCUUCUUCAAGCAAGUCAGGAAAGAGAGCGCAAUAGCUUGGCUCUUAGCCUGGCUCAGGCUGAGAAAAACGCUCAAGAUCUUCAGAGUAAGCUGGACAGGGCCGAGCAGCAGGUGGAGAGCCUCAACAAAAGUCAGUCAUGGACUAGAGAAAUCGAGGAGGCACAGCGGCAGCUGCAGGAAGAGAUGGCGUGUACGAUUUCAGCUAUGCAGCAGCUCCAGGAGGAAAGAGAGCAACUGGCUAGAAGCUGUCAGGAACUGCAAAACCACCUAUCAGAAGCAGAACGGGAAGUGAACAGGCUCCAGGAUCGCUUGACAACAGAAGAAACCCACUACUACAAUCUGGAGCAUGCACAUGAGAGAGUUUGUGAGGAGCUGCAGGUGGCAUUGAGCAAGCUGCAGCACAGGGAGUCCGAAACUCAGAACAUUCGAGAGGGCUAUGAAAGACUAUUGGACAGCAAGGAACAGGAGUUAAAAGAAGUUUUGUUAAAGAUGGAGGUCUUAGGCAACAGUUUAGAAGAGACAGAAAUGAAAUUGAGUGAAGCGAUGAAAAUUCGCACCUCCUCUCAGCUGGUGGAUGAGUCCUUAAAGUCUGCUGAGCCGAAACAGAAACCACAGAGAGCUUUAGUGGAAAAGCAAGCAGUGACAGACAGUUUCAAAUUCUCUAGGAAUUUCAAUGCAGUUGAGGUCAAUAGUACUCAAGAACAAGGGAGAAUACGCUCUCGCUCUUUGGAUGCAUCGCACCAGUACAUUGCCACAGCAGAGGAUGACCCAGAGAAGUUCAUGUCUGCCAUUCAGCUACUCGAAACCAAGCUGUUUGUCACAGAGGAGAAACUGAGGGAUAUCACUGAGAGGCUGGAGGAGCAGCAGAGUGACACCAGCUCCCAGGAUCCCCACCUCUGCUCCCAACUGACCCAAAGCAGAGCAAAUGUCCAGCACUUCAGUUUGCUGCUUCACAGUCAGGCCAAGCAGAGUCAACGCUACGCCCAUGAGACCGAAAACUGCUGUCGGAUGCUGGUUGGCAGGUUUCAGGUGGCUCUGAAUAUUGUGCAAGCCUGCAGGGAGAGGCUACAAUCAACCUCUGUGAAUAUUCCAGAAAUCGAGCGACAGCUCGCGACUGUUGCUGUCUGUCUUCAGCAGGGGGAGAAGGAGGCCGAGAGGAUCCAGCAGGAAUCGCGCAACGCAAGCAAAGAAAAUGAAAAAAUCCUCAGUGAUGAGAUGCUGUCUGGAAGUGGAAUCACUUCUCAGAAAUCUAAUCCACAGUCGUCACUUGUCGUAGGAAGUGUUGCAAAGACUUUGAUCAGGGAGCUGUUCAUAGCAGAAAAAAUGGCCUCUGCCCUUCAGAGUCAAAACGGUGUUUGUCUGCUGUCUGCCCUUUCAAGACAGGACAAAAGGGAUGGGCUGCACAGUUACAAAAACAUAACCUCUAGAAGGAUAGCCCUAAAAAACGAAGAAAUGAUGGAGUCUGAAAGUGGCCUAGGUGAAACUUUGGACAGUGUGAUAGUGAGAGCUUGCGCGGAAGCAGAGCUCAUUUAUGCUGCUUUAAAACUUCAGCAAGAGUUUGAGAGCAGAAGUCAAGAGGCGGGAGAUCAAAAUAAAGCUGAGGGAGAUUUGAGCCUAUCAGAAUCAUCUGCUUUUGAGAGGAAAGCAAAAGUAGGAGGCGGAGGUUCAGAGGAAGCCACAAAACUGGCUGCAAAACGCCGAUCUGAUGGCAAAAAAGCCAACAUGGAGGAAGAAGACAACUGGCUAAGGAGGCUUGUGUCUCGGCUGCAAAGAAGGGCCACAUUUUUGCAUCGUGUCUGCCAGGAGACUGACAGCAGACCUGUAAAUGAAGGUGGCAUGGAUCUUGGUGUGGACAUCACUUCCCCUGUGGAUUUAGCCUAUUUCCAGGAGCAGGUAAAGGUGAUUUAUCUAUCAGACAGGGUUUACUUGGAUUUAGAACGGGAGCUUAAGCAAUGGGAGGCAUUACAGAACAAAAUGCAAGCCGCGUACAAAGAGAAGGAGAAGAACUUGAUGGACAGGCAAGAGACCUUGAAUCAGUUACAGGAGGACAACAGUGCACUGAGACGUGAAAUAGAGCAAGCCGAGAAAAAGAUUACAUGUGUGGAGUCGAGCAACCAGAGACUCUUGGAAAACAUGCAGAAGAUUGAGGAUUCUCACAAGGAGAAGAUGCAAAAACUGGAAACAGAGUUUCAAGAGAAGAUCAAGGAACUGCAGCAGAUCCACGAGGAGGAGAUGCAGUAUUUACAUACUUACUACACAAAGUCUUGUGCUUCAAGAGAAAAACUGAUUUCUGCAAAAGCACCAACAGAAGGAAGCUCUUCCUUAUCAGGGGAGGACGAACAGAAAACAGAGGAGAAUCUGCAAGCUAAUGCAGUUACUAUGAGAGAGGCUCAUCUGAAGGAGAUUGAAAACCUUCAGGCAUCCUGUAAUCAAGGGUUUACUGCUAUGGAAGAAAUGCAUAGGAAGCUGAUAAAAGACCUGCAGCAGCAGCAUCAGCAGCAGGUAGCUGAACUCCUAAAGGAGAAGGAGCAGCUCCUGCAAGAGGAGACAGCUGCUACCAUGGCAGCCAUUGUUGCAAUGAGGAGAGCCCACAAACAAGAACUAGAGAGGAGCAGACAGUCUCAGCACAUCAAGGAGAGUGGGGACAUCACACAAAUACAAGUGGAAUAUGAAAAAGAGAUCAGAUUAUUGCACAAGGAGCUGGAGGUGUUGUCGGCUCAGCACACAGACAAAUGUCUGGAAAACUCUCGGCUGAGCCAGGAGCUGCAGACUGAGAGGAAAUCGGUGACGCAGUACCGUGAAGAAAUUCAAGAACUCCAAAAUAAGCAGACGGAGACUGAUAUGUCUCAACUGCAUGAAAAUCAGUCACAUGAUUCACCUCAGGCAAACAGCCUUAUCCAGAUGGAGGACAAAUUAUUGGCCCAGAAUAAGCUGAAAGUGUUGCAUGGAAACCAGCAGAAUGAAGCCCGUCUGCAUGUCAACAAAGAUCCCAAGUUUGCAACAUGGUCUCCACACAGGGACGCUUCAGGAAGCAGCCCGGAUGACUCGGUGAAAAGUUCAAGCAACCCUGCUGUUCCAAAAAGAAUUGAGAAAUCUUUCCUCAUGCGUCAAAUAAGAGGAAUACGAUCAAAGAGUUUAAAAGAGGGCCUUUCCAUCCAUGAAAGAAAGAAGUUAUUUGAGUCAUCCUGAUUUCUUAAAUGUAAAGACUUUUACUAUCAUACCUAGAAAGCUACCAGUGUGAAAUAUGUCUGACGUUUCACUGAGUAAAAAGCUUUUUGACUGUUGCUGACAAGUGACUGUUGCAUCACACCACCACUGGAGGGCGCCAGAGGAGCAAAAACUACAGACUGACGUCUGCAUCUGGAACAUUCAUUACCAGAACAUAAACACCAUCAAGCGAAGAUUUCUAUGUAUUUUUGUGAACAGUUGAGCAAAUAGUGCUGGAAUUUUGUAAUUUUUGUCUUUUCAAUAAACUGGUAUAUUGCA